AUGAACCUCUUCAGAAACUUGGAUGUGGAGAAAGGGAACAAUCCGUUUUUCAUGUGUAACUGGUAUAAUGGAAGAGAGAGACAGAUAUGUCAAUCUUGCACCUGGAAAGGAGGCAGAGCAAGGCCACCUCGAGGAGGACACUUUGCUGAUGCCCACCAUGGAUUUGGUCCCUGUGGCCUGGCCAUUGCUAGGAGCAGCUCCUUCACAGGUGGUGUUUCUGGUAUCUCGGGGAAGGAGCUUCGAGCUGCCGCCUGGUUGGGGACUGGGCACCGCCCUCCCUUGGCUCCGGAGCCGGCUGCCACUAGGGGGCGCGCCCGCAGUGUCCGGGAGCCUGGCGGCGCGUGUGCAGCGGCCAGUGCACCUGCUCCUGCCCUCGCCGCCCUCUCUGCCAAGACCCCGACGCCCAGCCGGACUCUGCCCUCCAGCGGGGCUGCGGCUCCACGGCCUGCGACAGCAGCCCCACCUGGCAUUCGGCGCGCUCCCGGGGGCAGAGGUCGCGGUGUCCUCAGGCUGUGGGGCCGGCCUACAACCCCCACGCCGGGCUCGGGCCCCGGCGGAGGAGGGCGAUGCUUCCCGGGUAGGGCGACCGGUCACCUGGGCUGGGAGGGCGGCUUAGGGGCGGAAGCGGCGGUCCAGGGCCGUCUGGAGCAGCAGCCUGUCCCAGCCGCGGUCCCUCCAGUCCCUCCCUGGCGGCUGCGGAGCCGUCCCAGGACAGGGGCCAUAAACUCUCCAGAGCAGGAAGCCGCACUCUGGUGGCCCGGCCCCGCGCCCAGACCUGGAGGCCGCUGGCACCUGAUCCGCUGCAUGGGUCUCCAGGGAGCUCGCUGCCCACCUGGCGCUGCAGCCUUGGCUGCCUCAUAUGCGCUCUGGCAAGCCCAGGAAAGUCAGGGGCCUAUGUGAGCCAAAGAGGAGAGUAGGCGAUGCCUCAGCCCAGUGUUUCUGCCCCACCUGGCUUGUGGCCUUGGUGACUUGAUUUGCACCACAGGAAAAUGGGCAAUGAAAGCCCUUCCCUGACUGGC